AUGGCUGUGCUCAGCCAGAAGUCUGUGCUGGAUAUGAUCAAAGAGCUCAGGAGGAAUUGGCACACGCUCUGCUACUCCGAGAGGACCACUGUCUGUGGGGCGGACGCCAUGCUCUCCGUACUGCAGCUUUCUAUGGCUGAGAACAACAAACAGCAUAGUGGAGAAUUUGAAGUCUCUCUCAGCGAUGUCUUAUUAACCUGGAAAUACUUAUUACGUGAUAAAUUGAACAUAUCAGUUGAAGAUAUGGAAAUGACUGACCAUUAUGAGGACAUUCGAAGGACUUAUGAUGAUUUCUUAAAAAAUAGCAACAUGUUAGAUCUGAUUGAUGUUUAUCAAAAAUGCAGUGCUGUAGUUUCUAAUUGUGAAAAUAAUACCAGCAUAUCCCCAAGUCAACUCCUGGAUUUUCUGUCUGGAAGUCAGAAUGUGGUAAAUGAUGAAACUGAUCCUUAUGUACUGAGAUCACCAACGAGUAAAUAUAACCAAGAUAAUGAGAAGGUACAGUUAUUAGUGAAGAAAAUUAUCUGCUCCUAUUUAAGUCUGCUAGUGAAUUCAAAGAACGAUCUGGCUCUGGCUCAUAUUCUGAAUAUUCCUGAUAGAGGGCUUGGGAGAGAGGCAUUCACGGAUUUGAAACACGCCGCUCGAGAGAAGCAUUUGUCUAUCUUUUUGGUUGCCACAUCUUUUAUUAGAGCACUGGAGCUUGGAGGGAAAGGAUAUGCACCAUCACCAUCUGAUCCUUUAAGGACACAUGUGAAAGGAUUGUCUAAUUUUAUUAAUUUCAUUGACAAAUUAGAUGAGAUUCUUGGAGAGAUUCCAAAUCCCAGCAUUGCAGGGAGUCGGAUACUGUCAGUGAUAAAGAUGCAGCUGAUUAAAGGCCAGAACAGUAGGGAUCCUUUUUAUAAGGCAGUAGAGGAAGUUGCUCAGAAUUUGGACUUGAGGAUUAAAACUAUUAUCAAUUCUCAACAAGGAAAUGUCACUGUGAGCACCACUGACAUCAGUCCUGCACGGCCAAAAUCUUAUACCAUAAACCAUGGCACGGCAUACUGUGGCAGAGAUACUGUGAAAAUGUUACUGGUUCUCUUGGAUGAAGAGGCAGCCAGUGCGCCUACCAAAAACAAAGCAGACCUUUUAUAUGAUGACGAAAACGCAGUUCUUCCUAAUGGAAUUUCUAUACUUACACUUUACAGGUGUCUGUCUCCCACGCAAGUGAAUAAUUUAUCCAUUAAACCCCUAAGAGAACGCAUCCAUGAGUCAGUUCAAGAGACGAAAAUUAAGAUGAGACAAACCUUAAUUAGAUCUCAGUUUGCUUGUACUUACAAAGAUGACUACAUGAUAAACAAGAAUAAACAAAAUAAUGUUGAUUCCGCAUCAGAGCCUUCGAAUGUUCUUCACAUGAAAAAUGACCUUUCUGAGAGUGUCAGUUCCUCUGUUGGAAGACCCACAAUUGGAUCAAACUCUGGAAAUGUCCAUCUGGACAGAAGUAAAAAUGAAAAAGCAAGAAGACCAAGUAGUCAGACAGGAAAUAAAAGCUCAAAAAGGAAACAGGUGGACUUGGAUGAUGAAAAUAUUCUGUGUGAUAACGGAAAUGAACCACCUCAACAUAAAAAUGUUAAGCUCCCUAAGACUUCAAAAAAUUUGCAGAAUAAAUUGGAUGGCAAACUAACCAAAAUUGCAAGAAGCAGCAAGAGUACCAGCAAGAACAAAUUGCUUGCUGGCCAGACGAAGUUAACUCAGUUUUUCAGACUGUGA